UGUUUGAUUGGUAUUUGGGUGCUGUGGCCUGCUACGUCAUUGCUGUACUCGAGUGUGUAGCCGUUGGCUGGUGUUACGGUGCCGAGCGUUUCUCUGCUGAUGUGCAAAUGAUGAUUGGAAAACGCCUACCUGUGAUCUACAAAGUUGUUUGUUUCAUCAUCGUCCCUGCUCUCUUGAUCAUAGCUUUGGUUUUGACGUUGGCUUCAUACAAGCCUCCAAGAUACGGAGAAUACGACUACCCCACGUCGGCCAUCGUCUUCGGAUGGUUCAUUGCUUUUGUGUCCGUAGUUCCUGUUCCAGUCUACAUGAUCAUACAAAUACUCAAGAUGGAAGGACCCCUGGCACAGCGUAUUAAAGCUUCCGUGAUGCCCGCGCAUGAGUGGCUGAGAUCAAGACGACAACAUGGACUGGACGACAAACAAGAGUCGAUAUCUGCGAAGGAUAACUUCCUGUUUAUGAUCGGGCGAUAA